UCCCCAACUGUCCCCCUCUGAGGAGACAUCUCGAGGACCACAAGCAGAGCACCUUCCCGCCUUCCUCCGCUCAUACGUCACUUCCGUCACGUUGCUAGGAGACGCGAGGACGCUGAAGAGCAGAGAGACAGACGGCAGCCCGUGCACUAAAUACAGAGCCAUGUCUGGAAUGCUGGUGACCCCGAGACCACGCGCACUUCCAAGCCGAUCCUCCGCCCAACUGGUGACCCCGGAUUAUAUCACUGAAACCAGCCAGGAAGCUGUCCCAGAACCGAGUACAGAAGGGGAAAUACACCUGGAGAGAGAGAUUGACUGCGGGGAGGAAGUGAUGAGCUGCAGAUUUAACCCUUCAGGAUCCCUACUUGCUGUCGGCCUCAUCACCGGAACCAUAAAGGUGUACUCCAUGCCUGACGGAACGUGGGUGCACACCCUGAAGGAUGACCAGUCUAUAGGACAACGUCUGCCGGUGACUGCGCUCAGGUUUCACCCCUCCAGACCCUGCGCCAAGGGGGAUCUGCUCCUGGCAACAUACGCUGGCGGUCAGGUGAAGUUUUGGCACCUGUCCACACAGAGCUGCGUCCGCACUCUGACAGAAGACAGACAAACUCUUGCCGCCGCCUUCAGCCCCAGCGGCGGUCACUUCCUCACAGCGGGGUCCAGUGAUGAGAUCUUCGUAUAUGACGCCGAAACCAUGACGUGUGAGAACGUCUGCCAGGCCAGCCCCUCCCUGUCAGUGAUGGACGGACACCGCUCCCGGAUCUUCGGUCUGACCUUUCACCCCUUGAGCGAGGAGGAUUUUAUAUCCGGGGGGUGGGACGACACCGUCCAGUUCUGGGACAUCAGACAGAAGCAUUCCUUAAGGAGGAUCUCCGGACCCCACGUGUGUGGAGAUGCCCUAGACAUUGACCCCGACACUCAGGAAAUCCUCAUCGGCUCGUGGAGGAAGGAAGAGAACCUGCAGGUCUGGGAUGCUCAAACUGGGCAGAAGAUAAAGACUGUGCCCGAUGACUACCGUGGACCCUCAAGGGUCUAUAGCUGUCGCUGGCUGGGCGCGGGUCACAUGGUGGCAGCAGGAAGUGACAUCAACCUUUGCAGAAUUAUCGACCGCCAUUCCCUGCUGACUCGGGGGAGCCUGGUCGAUCUGCCCGGUGGAGUCUACAGUCUGGACGUAUCGCCCUCCGGCCCGUCGGUCGCCCCUCUUCUCGCCGUCACGUCUAGUCACAGUGUCUUCCUCCUGCGUCCUACAGGCAGCGCCUUCUCCUAACACUCCCCUGUACGGAGACAGUCACUACCUGCAUCUCCCAUUGUGUUAUCCCAGACCAGUGUUUCCCAACCAGGGUGCCUACAGCUGUUGCAAAACUACAACUCCCAGCAUGUCCAGAUGGCCGUUUGCUGUCCAGGCAUGCUGGGAGUUUUAGUUUUGCAUCAGCUGGAAGCACAUUGUUUGGAAAACACUGUAUAAAUAUAGGCAAAGGGCUUAACCUCCCGGAGGGGGAGCGUGUGGUGUCCCAUACUUCAGUCCAUAUAGUGUUUGUGACAUCAUGGUUAUGAUUACAAAUAACCCUGUGUGCUCUGAUCUCAUAGUUAUGUCAGUUUGCCUACAGCUGUUGCAAAACUACAACUCAGGGCAGGCUGGGAGUUGUAGUUUAGCAACAGCUGGAGGCCCCCAGGUUACGAAACACUAUCCCAGACAAUAAUUUAUACCAGUCACCAGACACAUCUCCAUCUGCCAAGAGGUAUGCGCCACAUUGAUGCCCCUCCAACCCAUAACUGACCAAUCACAGCUCAGUAUUAGCGACCCAGAACAUUGGCAACAAUAUCGCACAAGAGGUCAGGGGUCAGUGUUACGCUGAAUCACAUCCAUGAUGCUUUGUAAUAAAGAUUGUCUUUCUUCAGAUUUCUG